AUGUGGCGUAUCGUGCUAGUGUGUUAUGUGCUCGUCUGCUCAGCUGCACACGAUCAUAAAGAUGACCACGACCACGUACUAGGUGGAGACGGCCACAAAGGUCACGGGCAUCACAAUCAUGGGCAUCAUGACCAUGAUAUUAUAGAUGGUCGCCCGGUGGUGCGCAGUCCGUCAGGUGAGUUUCGCGGAGGCUAUAAUGUAACAAGAAAAGGACGUCAGUUUGAGACUUACCGGGGUAUUCGCUACGCCGAGCCCCCUGUCGGAGAACUUCGGUUUCAGCCACCUCGACCGAUCACCCACUAUCCCACACCAGUAGACGCACGCUCAGAUGGACCCGCUUGCCCCCUCCCGGCAUCUCCCACAUACCCUGUCGAUGAGGACUGCCUCACCAUCAAUGUAUAUACGCCUCUCUUCACCGAUAGAAAAAAGCCUUUGCCGGUAAUAUUCUUCAUCCAUCCGGGCGGCUUCUAUGUUAUGACGGGUCGUUCAGAUCUCGCGGGACCGCACUACCUCUUGGACAGGGAUGUCGUUCUAGUCACCAUCAACUAUCGCCUCGGCUCACUUGGAUUCCUCAGUACUGGAGACGCAGUGGCUCCGGGCAAUAACGGCUUUAAAGACAUGGUGGCAGCCUUGCGAUGGGUCAAUCGGAACAUUCGGGCCUUCGGAGGAGAUCCCGACAAGGUCACGGUGGCAGGAUGUAGCGCAGGAUCCAUCAGCGCCAUGCUCAUGAUGGUAUCGCCCAUGGCCACAGGUCUAUUUCACCGGGCAAUAUCGAUGAGCGGCUCCCCUUUGGGAAAAGUGCCUCUGCCUAGUGAGCAGCGCCACCUGGCGGUUCGUCAGGCAGAGCUGCUCAAUUGCCCGACUCAUAGCUCACAAGCUAUCGUCGAUUGUCUGAAGACUAAGCCUUGGAGGGACCUAGGGAACUCGCUCUAUGGAUUUUAUGAAUUCGGAUUCGACCCAGUGGGUAUCUGGACAGCCGUGGUCGAACCCGACUUCGGGCAGGAAAGGUUUCUCGCAUCUCAGCCCGAUGAGGCCAUCCGAGAGAAGAAAUUGUAUGCCGUGCCUCAUCUCGUCAGUCAGACACAGGACGAGUUCUUUUGGAUGGCAUUCACCGUGACUCGCAACGACACCCUCCGAGAGCAGAUGAACUCCGAGUGGGAGAGAGUGGCCCCUAUCUCCUUCCUGCUCCCGCGAGACAACGCCGAAGUUCCGACGCGCACCCUUCGUCGGGUGUAUCUUAAGAACCGUCCUCUAAAGAACGAUGAAACCAGCGCACACGACCUCGGAAGACUCUACGCCGACUCUGUUGAGAGUUUUCCUGUCUACAGAUUGGCGAGGCUGAUGACCCUGCAUUCGCCGCGACCCGUUUACGAGUACGAGUGGGGCUACAUCGGGAACCACAGCCAUUACGAGGACCCCAAAACUAUGAAACCCCUAGGAGCGGCACAUCACGAUGAGCUGAUCUACCUGUUCACUCUGCCUUACCGAUUCCCUGCCAUUGGCCUCGAAGGCCGCGACGCCGUCAUGGUCGACCGCAUGACUGCGCUCUGGUUCAACUUUGCCAAAUACGGAGACCCGAAUCCUCAAGGUGACACGCCAGAGUUGGGCGAAUUGGUCUGGCCCAAGAUGACGUCACACGACAUGACGUAUCUGCGCAUCGACAACGACUUCUCCCUGAGGAAGGACCUGUUCAAGGAUAAAGUCGGAGUGUGGGAUGAAUUGUAUCCUAUGAAAUAUUAA